AUGGAGCCCUUCGGCUGGACGGCUGGGCCUUGGGCGCCUUGGGGGCCUCCUCCUCCUCCCGCUUGGGACCCCCGACAGGGCCCUCGCUACCCGACAGGUGGACAGUGUCACUUUCCCAAUUUUAAAAAUCAUCACCCAGGAGGAAAACCGAAACAAAAGAAAAAAAAGGAGCCAGUUUUUACCCAUUACUGUGAUACGUGUGAUCGUGGUUUUAAAAAUCAGGAUAAGUACGAUGAGCACGUCUCGCAACACACAACGUGCACCAUCGAUGGCUGCAAUUUUAUGGCGCAUGAAAAGGUGGUGCAGAUUCACUGGAAAAAUACUCACGCCCCUGGAACCAAGAGGAUAAAGUUAGAUACUCCAGAAGAGAUUGCCAAAUGGAGGGAAGAGAGGAGAAAAAAUUUCCCGACAAUGGCCAACGUUGAGAAGAAAAAAGCAUUACAGCUGGACCGAGAGCAGAGAGGAGAAGUGUUAACCACCACCCAGUUUGGGAAGAUGAAGGGGAUGUGGCGGCCGCCCCAAAACCAAGAGGCCAGAAACCGAAAUGGGAAAUUCAAGAAGAGGCAUGACGCGCGGCGGGGUGGCGGCGGCGGCGGGGCCGCGGCAGCCGAAGCCGAGACCCCGGCCGGCCCCGGGGCGGUGAGGCCCGCCGGCCCGGCGAAGACCGGAGGGGCCCUCGGAGCAGACGCGGAGGUGUACGGCAAGGACGUGGACCCCCUGGGUGUGUUGGCCAACAGUGACGCCGAGUCGGACAAGGAGGAGAAGCCAGGGACCGUCGUCAUCCCCAAGGAAGUGACCUCAGCCCUGGGGUCCCUGAUGGCCAGCUACGGCAGCGCCUCCGAAUCAGACAGCGAGCCCGAGGAAACACCUAUCAGGACGGAAGCUUGUGGUCCAGGAGAAAAUCAGACCUUCAGCAACAUCCCACAGAGCCAGGAACCGGGGAGCAAGGAGCCUCCUAGGAACGGCCCCAGAGCUCAGCCGGAAAGCCAAAAGAAAAACUGCGGCCCUAGGAGUCCCAGGAACCGAAAAGGCCCCAACCGGAGGACACCGGGCCCCGAGCCUCGCCGGCGCCGGCCGCUGCUGCUGGAAAUGCUCUUAGCAAAGGACAUCCGGCAUGAAAGGAAUGUGAUUUUACAGUGUGUCAGAUACAUCACCCAAAAUGACUUUUUUGAGCUUCCCGGCAAAACCGAGACCGGACAAGCCGCCGAAUUUACCGCGCACUCGGCAACAGAUGACGCCGAGGGAGAAAUUGGCACCCGGAGACCUGACCUACACCCGGUAGCCGCCGAAACCCCGCAUUGUCCUGACAGCUGAUCCGCGGUCACUCGGGCCAGAUUUCGAUAGAACAUUUGGAGCCGAGCUUCCUGGGUUGCGGGAAUGUUUGAUGACUCUUUGUACCGUCCAGUUGCACAAGGGAGUGGAAUGAAGAACUGCAGAAAUGCUCGUGGGAACAGGAGGUUUGACAUUUAGGGAGGAGCAAGAGAGUCAAGUGUCAAACAUCGCUAAGCACGACCUGGUGUUGUGGGGGGCAAUUCAUAAAAUUAAAACAGGGUUGAGGAAGAAGAAUCAGUUCCACCUCCCUCAAGCGGGAAACCACGGGAACAGUGGGGGGGAAAUUAAGGAAGGAAAGAAGUCUGAGAUUUUCCUCAGUAAAAAAAUAACUUCUCAUGGAUUAAGUGUGUCAACGGAGCUGCCAGUACCACUGAAACCAUACCGCAGCUCAAUGAAAGGAACACACUGUUGAAAUCCUAUGUAGACAUGACAGAGGUUUUGCUGCAGGUUGAACUGACAUGCAGAGUUCAGCAUUGGACUGUUGUUGUUUUUCCUGGUGAAAAAGCAUGUAAGAUGUGGUAUUUAAUGAGGUUCAACUCAUUUCUUUUCCGCAAAAGCAGAAAAUAACGUAAGCUUCCCCCACUCCGAGUUGCAAACUGAUUCGCUCCCCGUGAAGGCAGUCGUUUUUUCCUUUAAAAAGAAAAAAAUUUUUGUACAAAUAAAAACCACCUUGUCCCCCUUGCCUCUGAAA